ACAAAACAAAAAAGGAUUUUUGUAUUCUGGUGCACCACCCAGCAGAUAUCCCUAAACCUAAUGAGAGCAGAUGAAAAAGAGUUUCAGGACACAAUGCGGGAUCCAGUAAAGAUGGAGUAUGAGCUAGGAGAGAAAACAGAGAAGCGUCUGAAGGAAAUGGGUGCCCACUGUGUGGAGGAAACCUUGGAUGUAGAGUACUUCUAUGAUACUGAGAGCUUUCAACUGGCUUCCACACAGACCUGGAUGAAUCAGCGUAAUGACCAAUGGGGACUGAUUCUAGCAGAGGGACAAGACUUUAACCACAAUCAAUCAGAGGAGACCGGAAAGUAUGAAGAGGACUUUGAACUGUUUAGACAGUCCAAAGAGAAAAUAAGUAAAACAUUUGACCCAUCACCUGCUGAAAGAUCUGAAACAGGUCCUACAUUUGUAGCAAAGGAAGGUAAUGAGUCUCCUGAUAGUUACAAAAGAUCUACAGUAGAGAGUGAGAUCCUAAUGUCCAAAAGCCAAGUUCAGAGUACAUUCUCAUACAUUAUGCAGACAGGACCCAUAUACACAGAGUUGAAUGACCCAUGCUCAAUUAUGAUGCACCUCUCAAAGUGUCUCCAUGUUCCUCUGAACCACAGUGAAAUACAAAAUAUGAGCAUGGAGAACUUUUUAAACAUGGCCCAAGUCCAGAUUUAUGACAGCCGCAUAAUGACCAGGACAAUGAAGUACUCUCUGCCUGGUGGAUUCUUACUGGAUGUGGAGAGAAACCACAGAAUUCCCACUGUGAUUUCCUCUGCAUAUUUGAUGAUGGAUGCUGAUGUUCUCAACAUAAGCAGUGAGCUGGAAAGGAUGGAAAGACUGCACAAAGAGCUGGGCCUAAUACCCAAGACAAGCUCAGGAAAAAAAAGUUAG